AUGGUGCUGACGGUGCUGGUGGUGCCGAAAGAGUGGGAUAUCUGCAACGGAAAAGGGGAAGUUGGUAGUAUUAUUGGUAAAAAGGGUGAAAUUGUCAACAGAUUUCGUGAGGAGUCUGGUGCCAAAAUUAACAUUUCGGAUGGCUCAUGCCCGGAACGCAUUGUGACGGUAUCUGGCACAACAAGCGCAAUCUUCUCGGCAUUUACGCUAAUUACAAAGAAAUUUGAAGAGUGGUGCUCGCAGUUCAAUGAAGUUGGCAAAGUUGGUAAAACUCAAAUACCCAUUCGAUUGAUCGUGCCCGCCAGUCAAUGUGGAUCAUUAAUUGGCAAGAGUGGCUCAAAGAUUAAGGAAAUUCGCCAAACCACAGGCUGUUCCAUACAGGUGGCCAGCGAAAUGUUGCCAAACUCUACUGAGCGAGCGGUCACCUUGAGUGGCAGUGCUGAGCAGAUAACCCAAUGUAUCUAUCAGAUAUGUCUUGUCAUGUUGGAGUCCCCACCCCGCGGUGCUACCAUACCAUAUCGACCAAAGCCACAAGUGACUGGGCCAGUUAUCUUGGCCAAUGGACAGGCCUUUACCAUUCAGGGCAACUAUGCAGUACCCACACAAGAGACAUGUCCAGUAUUUCCACUUGCUUUGGCUACCGGUGGUCUACAUGCUGGUAUUUCAGGCUUAACGGAUCCUUUGUUAAAGGGGGCACAUUUACAAGGAGCGGUACCAGCACACCACCAUCACCUACAGCAAAUGCCUGAUGUUGCCAAGAAUCCGUUGGCCAGUUUGGCUGCCUUGGGCCUGGCCGGUAUGACGCCAGCCAGCACUGGCGGUAUCAAUCACACAGCUCUGGCCGCCUUGGCCGGAUCGCAGUUGCGUACGGCCAAUGCGAAUCGGGCACAACAGCAGCAGCAUGAGAUGACCGUCUCAAAUGAUUUAAUUGGUUGCAUUAUUGGCAAGGGCGGUACCAAAAUCGCUGAAAUACGUCAGAUCUCCGGCGCCAUGAUACGCAUCUCGAACUGUGAGGAGCGCGAGGGCGGCAAUACCGAUCGCACCAUCACCAUAAGCGGUAAUCCGGAUUCGGUUGCAUUGGCCCAAUACUUAAUCAACAUGAGCGUUGAACUGCAGAAGGCCAAUCUUCAGGAUCAGGCAGCACAGAAUGGCACUGCAGCCAUAACAGCUGGUGGUGGUGCUGCCGCUGCUGCUGCUGGGGGUGGUGGUGUUGCAGCCGCAGCAGCAGCAGCAGCAACAGCUGCUGGUGUCAAUGGCAACAGCUGUUUGACAGUGUCACUAACUGGCAGCACCAGCAGCAGCAACAACAACGGCAGCAGCAGCAGCAGCACGGCCAGCAGCAAUGGCAGCAUCAACACCAACAAUUAUGCCACCAAUGGUACACAGAACAACAGCAACAACAACACGAAUAGCAGCAGCAGCAGCAACGGAGCUGGCAACAACUCCUCAACAUUGGGCAUCAAUUCGACAACAGCAGCUGCUUUAGGUGGCAGCUCAUUGGCCUCCGCAUUACAGCUGUUGACCAAACCGGGUGCCCUCACCGCCUUGUCCAAUCUGAGCGCCUUGGAUCUGCUCAGCCUGACAUCGUUGGGUAACAAUGGCAACGGCACGCCCGGCGGACCGCCGGUGCAGACCACGGGCGUUAAUCGUGCCAAGGGUCAUUUUGCGACCUCCCGCUUUAGGCAGCAUCAGACGGAGGCAGGCGUCGAGUCGGAGAAGGCGCGCAAUAAGUUUAAUCCCUACUAGGGGUAGGCCAAAUUAGACCGGCAGUAGAUCGAUCAGAACAAAAUCCAUAGCAGCCCAUGGCCAGCCCAAAAGUAUACCCAAUAAAAAUAAAUGAGAAUAGCGAUCAUCACUAAAUAAUAGUCAAGUUUUAAGUAGUAGCUUCUUCUAGUUUUAAACGAGUUUAUAGCGUUGCAACAGCUUUAGAGUUAACGAUUCUUGAAGAAUUUUGUCUACGAAAAAAUGGAAGAAAAACUAACUGAAUACAGAAAAGAAAAUUGUAAAAGUAUUUGAAAUGUCAAGACAAUUUUUAUAAAUUAGUUGAAAGCGUAAUUGGAACAGUAUCAUAAAUAGUUUAUAGCUGAGGCAAAUAUUACUUAUGUUAUAAUGCCGCAAUAUCUAUCAAAAGAAAAUGAAGUUAAUGAAAAAUAAUAAAAUAAGACUGCCAACAAAUGGCAGCUAAUUAGACAUACUUACAUAUACAUAUAAUUGGAAUUUUCAAGCACUUGAACAAAAUUGUUUAUCGAAUUAUAAAAAAAAAAAAAGUUUUGAAAAUUAUCCCAAGUAUUGUAAUCAAACUUUGACCAAGUGAAAUGCAGAGUAAGGACCCUAGUAGAGACUCCUAAUAGGUGUUAUACAUAAAUAAAUACAUACAUAUAUAUGUAGAUGUUUGCCCUUAUCCCUUUUUAUAGUUAUAAACAAAUAUCGUAUACUAUAGAAAUUGCCAAAUUUUAGCGCAUCCUUAGAAAGAGAAACUGAGAAACAUAGAGAACGUAUAAAGUGAAGUUUUUGGAAUCGCUUAAUAUCGUAUAUCGAAUAUCGAUAAAAACAGGUAGUCUAUAUUUAGCACCCUCUUUUUUCCUUGCCCCUCACCUUCACUGUAACAUAUGCGAUGUCAUUUGACCCCUCUCCAAUAUCUGUACUAAUUAAUUAUUCAGAUUUUUUCUCUAACUAGCAACUAAGCACUAUUUGUAUUUUAUGCUCUAGCCCUUAAGUAUAAAGCCCCUUUCCCGUCUCCCCAAUCAGCCAUUUGUCACGUAAAAAAAGAAUACUUCUUUAAGAAGUUGUACGAAAAUGAAAAAAAAAUUAUAAUAAAAAAGAAAUUGAAAAAUCCAAUGCAUUGUGCUGAAAAGAAUUUGGCACAGCGACUUUUAUGGACCAAUUCGCUCUAAUUGACGCAAUCGACGCAAAUGAGCGUACAAAAGCAUAAAGCAUAAUGAA